UCAUUUAUUCCUCGCAACAACCCUGUGAGGCAGGAAUCAUAAUGAUGAUUAUUAUGCUGAUUUUGCAGGUGAGGAAAUUGGGGCUUGGGAGGUUAAAUGACUAGGGCAAAAUCCCCCAGCCGGUCAGCCACGGGGCGGGGCGCGUCAAAACCGGCCCCUACGCACGCUCCUCUGAGAGUCCUGGAUGACUCUGCACCCUCACCGCCCCAGGAGCCCCCCAAGAGCCCCUGCUCACCCUCAGGAAAGAGGCCCGAUCCUACCUGCUCCUCUCUCCAAGCACCUUUGCCCUCCAGCUCCAUUAUAGAUAAAGCCUGCAUGUUCACGGUGAUGGAGGGACUCUGGGGACCCCCACAUGAGCCUAAAUGUGAUGGGGGUGCUGAGUCGAGGUCAAGUGGGAAGAGCACUGGGCUGGAAAUCUGAGAGACAUGGACGCCAGCCCUGGGCCUGCUAGUGCGUGACCUUGGGCAAGUCAGCGGCGCUUUUCCCAUUUGUACAACAGAGAACGUAAGAUGGAUGACCCCCUUCAUUGAGUGGACACUCUCAGAUGCCCAGGAAGGGGUUGAUGGUCCUAACCAGUCUUAAUUGGCUGGAGCAUGCACUGGACACAGCUGACUCCAAGUUCCUGAAAAACAACUUGGGCAAACAUCUUACGGUUUAGUCUGAGUAAGAUCUGGAGGAUGUGCAAGUCUUUUGUAGCAACAACUAAAGCGACCUUAACAGUGAGGCCCAUGAGGCUCCCAGUUCCCACUGAGUGCCGCCCUGAAGGAUGUCCCAGCUCUCCUCCACCCUGAAGCGCUACACAGAAUCGGCCCGCUACACAGAUGGCCCUUAUGCCAAAUCAGGCUAUGGCACCUACACUCCCUCCUCCUACGGGGCCAACCUGGCUGCCUCCUUCCUGGAGAAGGAGAAGGCUGGUUUCAAGCCUGGCCCCCCCACCAGCUUCCUUACACGUCCCCAUACGUAUGGCCCCCCCUCCAUCCUGGACUAUGACCGAGGCCGCCCCCUGCUGAGACCCGAUGUCAUCGGGGGUGCUAAGCGUGCGGAGAGCCAGACUCGGGGCACCGAGCGGCCUUCAGGGAGUGGACUCAGCGGGGGCAGUGGAUUCCCUUAUGGAGUGACCACCAGCUCCCUCAGCUACCUGCCCAUCAAUGCCCGCGACCAGGGGGUAACCCUGACCCAGAAGAAGUCGAACAGUCAAUCAGACCUGGCCCGGGAUUUCUCCAGCCUCCGGACCUCAGAUAGCUGCCAGCUAGACCUGGGCCGCAGCCCCAUGCUGGCACGCACGCGCAAGGAGCUGUGUGCCCUGCAGGGGCUCUACCAGGCAGCCAGCCGCUCCGAGUACCUGGCCGACUACCUGGAGAACUAUGGUCGCAAGGGCAGCGCACCACAGGUGCCCACCCAGGCCCCUCACUCACGAGUCCCUGAAGUCCUCAGCCCCACCUACCGACCGAGUGGCCGUUACACGCUGUGGGAGAAGGGCAAGGGCCAGGCCCCUGUGUCCGGCUGCUCCAGCUCCCCAGCGCGAAACACCAUGGAAACCCACUUCACGACCUGUGCACUCAACGAUGGCCCAGCAGUGAUCUUGGAAAUGCUCAGCUACCCUCACGUACACUGGGAUUCUUAUCCUCUACUUUCCCACCCAACAUGCCAGGGUCCCCUGCAGGCCCUGCCCCAUCCUGGACUGACUGCUGAGGCCCCCAGACCACCAGUGUGCCCCGUGAAUUCUAAGAGCACCCAGGGUCUGGCUGGUCUUCGAAACCUUGGGAACACGUGCUUCAUGAACUCCAUUCUGCAGUGCCUGAGCAACACCCGGGAGCUGAGGGACUACUGCCUCCAGAGGCUCUACAUGCGGGACCUCAGCCACGGCAGCAGUGCACACACAGCCCUCAUGGAAGAGUUUGCAAAACUAAUCCAGACCAUAUGGACCUCAUCCCCCAAUGAUGUGGUGAGCCCCUCUGAGUUCAAGACCCAGAUCCAGAGAUACGCACCGCGCUUCGUCGGCUAUAAUCAGCAGGAUGCUCAGGAGUUUCUUCGCUUCCUUCUGGACGGGCUCCACAAUGAGGUGAACCGGGUCACAGCGAGGCCCAAGUCCAACCCUGAAAACCUCGACCAUCUUCCUGAUGAUGAGAAAGGGCGCCAGAUGUGGAGGAAAUAUCUAGAACGGGAAGACAGUCGGAUCGGGGAUCUCUUUGUUGGGCAGCUGAAGAGCUCCCUGACGUGUACUGAUUGUGGUUACUGUUCUACAGUCUUUGAUCCCUUCUGGGACCUGUCUCUGCCCAUUGCUAAGCGAGGUUAUCCUGAGGUGACGUUAAUGGACUGCAUGAGGCUCUUCACCAAAGAGGAUGUGCUUGAUGGCGAUGAAAAGCCAACGUGCUGUCGCUGCCGCGCCAGAAAGCGGUGUAUAAAGAAGUUCUCCAUCCAGAGGUUCCCAAAGAUCUUGGUGCUCCAUCUGAAGCGGUUCUCAGAAUCCAGGAUACGAACCAGCAAGCUCACAACAUUUGUGAAUUUCCCACUAAGAGACCUGGACUUGAGAGAAUUUGCCUCAGAAAACACCAACCACGCUGUUUACAACCUGUAUGCUGUGUCCAAUCACUCCGGAACCACCAUGGGCGGCCAUUACACAGCCUACUGCCGGAGCCCGGUGACAGGCGAAUGGCACGCGUUCAAUGACUCCAGCGUCUCCCCCAUGUCCUCCGGCCAAGUGCGCACCAGCGAUGCCUACUUGCUCUUCUACGAGUUGGCCAGUCCGCCCUCCCGCAUGUAGCAAAGAGGAGCUACGUCUCAUCCUUCCCUGUGGUGGCCCUACACCCUAAGUUUUUUAAAAAAGACAAAAAAAGGCAAAAAAAACCCCACCUGACUAAUAAGCGAAAAAUAAAGGAAAGUGAAGCUGCCGAGCAGGGGUUGCUGCAGCCUGGCCAGGGUCUGGAGUGGGGAGCCUGCUGCCCCCGAGCCCCCGCUGGCAGGCAAGAUCGGCAGGACGCAGACCGAGCCAGCACAGUGUCCCUCGGCUUCUCAUGUCUGCAUUUGUAAGCUUGUGGUUUCUUCCUGUGUGUGAUUGAACAACAGCCGUCUGUGGGGAGAAGAUCCUCAUCCACUGGCCCUCUGGCCGAGGCUCCAGCCCCGGCCUACCAGAAAGACAGCGCCCUCUGGAGCCUGCUGGGGAGGAUCGCCGCCCGUCUUCACCGGUCCAGGAGCAAGAAAAACACCCAUGAGCCAAGAGCCCUCUUAACGCUGCUAACUCCAGGGGGACAGAUGAGGGGACAUCUUUGAAAAAAGCUGUGUUUGGUUUUUAAAAGCCCAGCUGUUUUUUUUAAUUUACCGUAACUAAAGUUUUCAGACUGGAGAUGCUCUCUUUCACACCUCUUCACAGCUGGGACGUUGUGCUGGUCAUUUUUCUUUUUUUUCCUUAAUUCUUCAAAA